GGUAUACCAACAUUCAGUGCUUCCAUGCAUUCCGUUCCGUAUUGUACAUAAAAAUCCAAGUUUAAGGAAAAGCGGGACAACGAACCUAUCCGGAUAUUGAAGAAGAAAAAUAAAAAAAGAAACGGACAACACCAACAACGAACGUUAUUGUUCUUUUGGGAAUUUGCAAAAACUGAAUUGAAAAAACAAAAACUACAACCAUGCGUGCUGCCUUAGGUUUAAAACACGUAACCAGAGCUUCCAAAAAUGUUAAACAUUAUUCCUCGUUGGCCGAGCCCAAGGAGCCAAUACUAAAAACCUCCACCAUUCCUGGACCCAAAUCCUUGGAGUUGAAGAAACAAUUGGGUGCCAUACAACAGGCAGGCACUGUCCAACUGUUUGCCGACUAUGAAAAGUCCACAGGAAACUAUUUGUGUGAUGUUGAUGGUAACAUGCUAUUGGAUGUCUACACACAAAUCUCGUCGGUGCCAUUGGGCUAUAAUCAUCCCAGGUUGUUGAAAGUCUUCGAAAACGAUAGCAACUUAAAAGCUUUAAUUAAUCGUCCUGCCUUGGGUGUAUUCCCUGGCAAGGAAUGGCCCCAGAAACUGGAGAAUGUCCUUAAGCAGGUGGCACCCAAGGGUCUCGACAAAAUGACCACCAUGAUGUGCGGCUCAUGUUCCAACGAGAAUGCCUACAAGAAUAUCUUCAUGUGGUACAGACAGACCCAGCGCGGUGAAAAUGUCACCUUCAGUGAGGAGGAGAAAAACUCCUGCAUGUUUAAUAUGCCACCAGGUGCCCCCAAGCUGAGCUUGCUCUCCUUCAAGGGAGCCUUCCAUGGCCGUACCAUGGGUGCUUUAUCGACCACACAUUCCAAAUAUAUACACAAAAUUGAUGUGCCAUCCUUUGACUGGCCCGUGGCUAGUUUCCCCGAAUAUCGUUAUCCUUUGGAAGAGAAUGUUAUGUACAACCAGGAACAGGAUAAACGCUGCUUGGCCGAAGUUCAGGACUUAAUCGAGCAAUACAACAAAAAGGGUAUUCCAGUGGCAGGUGUUGUGGUCGAGCCCAUUCAAAGUGAGGGCGGUGACAACGAAGCCUCUCCCGAAUUCUUCCAACAAUUGCAACGCAUUUGCAAGGCCAAUGGCAUGGCUCUGCUCAUCGACGAGGUACAAACUGGCGGUGGUGGCACCGGUAAGAUGUGGUGCCAUGAACACUUCAACCUACCCUCUCCCCCCGAUGUAGUUACGUUCAGCAAGAAAAUGCAAUUGGGUGGCUACUUCCACACCAGUGAAUUUGUUCCCAAGGAAACCUAUCGUAUUUUCAACACCUGGAUGGGUGAUCCAGGCAAGAUUCUCCUGCUCGAAGAAAUCGUUAAAGUGAUCAAAGAAGAAAAUCUGCUGGACCAGGUUCAACGAUCGGGUAAGGUUCUCAAGAGUGGUCUAUUGGAAUUGGAAAAAGAGUUCUCGACCAUUCUGAAUUCCACACGUGGACGUGGUACCUUCUUGGCGGUCAAUUGCAAGAAUGGCAAGACUCGCGACGAUAUGAUUGCCAAAUUGAAAAUGACCGGUUUGCAAACCGGUGGUUGUGGUGAUGUAGCCAUACGCUUUAGACCAGCAUUGAUCUUUAGCGAAAAGCAUGCCAAUAUGGUAUUGGAUCGUUUCCGCAAGGUGCUCAAAGAAAUGUAAGCAGUCAUCUAAAGAAGAAGAUACAACAACACAUAAUCUCUAAAACGCAUAAAGCUAAGGGCAAGACCUGCAUUCCAGAAAAAAAAGCAAACACACGCGCACACACACACGCAUAAGCCAAUGGGGGAAAUUAUUUAAUUUAUAGCCAUAGAAUUGUUUGCAAACGCACCAAAAAGAAUUCUACACACUUCCCGGUGAGUGAUGGUGAUGGUGGUGGUCGGUUGUUCCUUUUGUUUUUUGUUGAACCGCCCCCUCCCCUCAUUCACUCUUCCGCCAAGCCACACACUUGAAUACAGAAUAACUGUUUGUAUCAAUUUAUGUUUGCUUUAAUUUAGACAAUAAAUUAAUAAAUCAUACUACAAAAAGAACAACAACAA